AUGGACGAUUUCCCGCUAAGAUUAUCGGUGCAAGAACGACGGCAGGACGAGGAGAAAGAUCAGGCGGCCAGCUACCACGGCCGCAGCGGCAACAAGCACAAGAGCCUCUACCUGGUCCUAGACGACUGGCACAGGGGCUUCACCAUCCGCAAGCUCGACGCCGACAGCCCCGACCUGAGCGCGCCCCCCGUCUUCCGUCUAGCGUCGCCUCUGAACAACCAUGCCAUGGACUUUGCCGCCCUGGGCACCAACAUUAUAGCCACCAGCAACCAAUGUGCCGCGACCGUGGUCUUCGACACGGAAGCCGCCGCGCUGGCCAUCGGCAAUCCCCUCCCAGAGGCGCUUCUCAAUGCCCUCAACUUCUUUGUCACCGCCGACGACAUGUUGUUCGCGUUUGCCUACUACUUCAUGUCGCGGCCUCUCGCCUUCGAAGUCAUGACCACCGCCGCCGCCAAGGACGAGAUGAUGCACUCUUUGUGCCCGAGCACCGACUGGUCCUGGGAAAGCAUCCCGGCUCCCUUCACCAAGCAUCAAAGGAUUGAGUCCUACGCCCUUCACCCGGACGGGCGCACCGUAUUUGUGUCCGUGGAUGACCGAAAGGUCAGCGGCGCCGGCACAUUCUCCUUUAACGGCGAGAACCGUGAGUGGAGGCGCCAUGGGGAAUGGAUGCUCCCUUUCCACCGCCAAGGUUACUUCGACGCCGAGCUAGAUGCAUGGGUCGGGCUACACCCGGAUGGCUACGUCUGCUCCUGCCAAGUUCCCUCCCUCGGCAGCAGCAGUAGCAACACCAUGCAGCAGCCCGGCUGGAAGAUGGCCAAGGAGCAAAAACUGUGGAGCCCAACACAUCAAGUGUCUAAGUCCCAAGGGGCUACCCUCACAUGCAUGGGCAACUCCAGGUUUUUCCUUGUUGAUUGCGUGGUAGCCGAUGGAUUCGAGUUCCAGGAUGCCUUUGAUGACCCUCAUGGCUUCGUGCUCAACAUGACCACGUUUCGUCUCAAGUACAAUCAUGAGGGCAAGCUGCGAAUCAUCGACAGAAACACCACAUCUUGCCCUGUCUCUAGGCAACUCUCGUCUUUUUCUCCCGUAGCGUUCUGGAUGUAGCUAGCAAGGAAAAAAAAUGCACCGAUUGUUUUCAUUUAUUUAAAUGUAUGUCAAGCAUACAUGCUAUGUUCGUCGUACUAUCUGUAAGUUACUUCCUCCAUUUUUCUGUAUACAAGACCACUUUAUAAAUUAGGUCUAACUUUGACCAUUGAUUUUUGGAUAUUCACUUUGGCAAAUGGAGCUUAUGCUCCUUCCACGGGUAAAUUUAUUUUCAAAUGUCAAAAAAUUUAUUUUGAAAUGUCAAA